GGGUCCGUCUGGAAUGCGUUCCCCCACGGCGCGGUUUCGGGCUCCGGCAGCGGCACCACCGCCGGGCGCGGGCGGCCCGGGCCGAUGAGCAAAGCGUGGCGGCGCGGCAGGAUGGAAGGCGGCGAGCACGGUGAGGAGGACGAUGGCGGCGGGCACGGCGCGCACAAGAAGAAGCACAAGAAGCACAAGAAGAAGCACAAGAAGAAGCACCACCACGAGCCCGCGGCGGCGCCCGAGGCCCCGCCGCCCCCGGCCGCCCCGCGGAAACCGCAGCUGAAGCUGAAGAUCAAACUGGGGGGGCAGAUCCUGGGCACCAAGAGCGUGCCCACCUUCACCGUGGUCCCUGAAGCACAGAGCUCCCCCUCCCCGCUGAUGGUGGUGGAUGAGGAGGAUGAGCCCACCGAGGGAGUGCCCAUUGAGCAGUACCGGGCCUGGCUGGACGAGGACAGCAACCUGGACCCCUCCCCCUUGCCGGACCUGGACCCGGAGGUUGCUUCCCCUGCCCGCGAGGACGAGGAGGAGGAAGAGGAGCGUUGGCUCGACGCCCUGGAGAAGGGCGAGCUGGACGACAACGGGGAGCUGAAGAAGGAGGUGGAUGAGUCCCUGCUGACGGCGCGGCAGAGAGCCCUCCUGCACAAGCAGCAGAGCCAGCCGCUGCUGGAGCUGCCCAUGGGCUACAAGGCCAAGGAGCUGACAGAGGAGAUGCUGGUGAAGCGCGAGGAGCGGGCGCGCAAACGGCGCCUGCAGGCGGCCAAGAAGGCGGAGGAGAACAAGAACCAAACCAUCGAGCGGCUCACAAAGACGCACAAAGCCAAAGUGAAGGCGCUGCGGGAGCGCCGCGCCCGGCCGGCCGCCUGCCCGGUGGUGCAGUACCGCAACGCCGCCGACCGCAUCACCGUCUCCUUCCCCGCGGGCGCCGCGCUGCCGCUGCUGCCCUCCGCCGCCCCCCCGGUGCCGCCGGCCGCGCUCUGCGGCGUCAGCGGCUGCGCCAACCGCCGCCGUUACUGCUGCUCCCGCACCGGGCUGCCGCUCUGCAGCCUGGCCUGCUACAAGCGCAACCUGCGGCUGCAGGAGGCCGCCGCUUAGCCGCGGGCCGGGACCGAGACUGUGCGGCCGGGCCGUACCGUACCGCUCGCCACGGCGGUGCUGCGGACCGAACCCCCCUCCCCCCCCCCGCCGCUGUACGCGCACCGGGACUCGCGGCGCCGCACGCGGGGAGCGGGGCGGGGCCGCGGGGGCGGCGGCCCAUUGGCUAGAAGCUGCGUCCGGGACAGAACAGCGCUCUGGUUGGUCGGCACAGCCAUCAAUCUUCACCCGAA